CUCACGCAUGCGCUGUAGCGUCGCAAUAUAUUGCAUCUAGCAACUAUGGUUAUAUGUCUCUUGUGAGACUAGGAAGUUAACGUGAUUUUAUCAAUAUAUCGAGAAAUAUUGAAAAAUUAUAUUAAAUAUAUAUUUCAACAUGAAGCCAACACUCGUAGCCGACGAAAUGUUUCCUGAGGGAGCCGGACCCUAUGUUGAAUUAGAAGAGGUUGGUGGUAGUAGAUUAUUAGUAGAUCUUACAGCAAGUGAGAAAGCAGUUCAUUCGGAAUUUUUCAAUGAGUUUGACGAUCUUUACGAUGAUGAUGAUUUGGACUGAAGCAUUCCUAGGGAUUCAAACUAAGCGGCGCUUUUGUUUUUGCAUAGAGUGCAGUUAACUUAGCAUUGAAGCAAAGAACUCGUUCUUGUAAAUCCACCAUACGGAACAUGGUUACGAUGUAUAAAGAAUUAAUAGACGUCAUACAUUGUUGGUUGCAUUCAGCAGAGAGUAGCAUUGGAUUGGCACUUGAUACUAUAUCGCCAAUAAAUUGAGAAUUUUGCUGAAUAUUCUUUGUUACGUUACAUUUGCCUAUACCUCAUAUUGCGUUACGCUUAUUCAGCAUAAGUUUGAAAAAAAUGUCCAAAUAUUCAACAAAAAAAUGGCAAAACAAUCACAUAGCUGUUUUUUCUGUUGAAUGCAAUCAUUAAAUAUAAGUGUUUACGUGUAUAAUAGAUAUGAAAAAAUGUAUCAUUUUUCUUUAGUUUGCUGUAUAAAACUACUGCAAACCCUCA